AAAUAAAUGUAUAUUAACCAAUAGCUGUUCGACACACCAGUUAUUAUUAUUUCCUAGCUCUGUUUCGCAUUUUGUCUAGGAGAGUUGUUCUUACAAUGGGGGGACUAUGGGGUAUGUCCCUAGUAUAUGGUCUAGUAGUACUUACUGUGUUGGCAUGUGUUUUUUGUGAUCCAUCUUCGUUACUGUCUGAUAUUCCUGUAUCAAGACCAAAUGAAGGACUUUCAACAGCCUCAGAUACUUUAACUAAGGAGGCAGAGGCAAUCAGCUUGGAUGGUCUAAGCGUUGAGCAGUUAAAGCAAGCACGAGAACAUGCGGAAAAACGACAGUUUGAGGCUGAAGUUGAUCGCAUGAUGAAAAUAAUAGUUAACUCCCUGUAUAAAAAUAAAGAGAUAUUCCUUAGAGAAUUAAUCUCGAAUGCAUCAGACGCCCUGGAUAAAAUCCGCGUUCUUUCGCUGACUAACAAUGAAAUGCUAGAUGAGUCCGACGAAAUGAGUAUCCGAAUAAAGGCUAAUAAAGAUGCACGAACCCUUCAUAUAAUAGACACUGGCAUUGGUAUGACAGAAGCUGAACUUACCUCGAAUUUGGGGACUAUUGCCAAGUCUGGCACAUCUGAGUUUUUGACAAAGAUUGCUCAAACUAGUACAGUCACGGAAAAGUCUGAUCUUAUUGGCCAGUUUGGUGUUGGAUUUUACUCCUCAUUUUUAGUUGCCGACAAAGUUUUAGUUGUAUCUAAGAGUAAUAACGAUGACCAGCAUAUAUGGGAGUCGAAUUCUACUUCGUUCGUAGUUUACAAAGACCCACGUGGUAACACUCUCAAACGCGGAACUGAAAUUAUUCUCUACUUGACUGAGGAAGCAGAAGAUUAUUUACAACCUGAUACUCUCAAAGAAGUUGUAAAGAAAUAUAGUCAGUUCAUCAAUUUUCCGAUUUAUGUUUGGUCAAGUCGAGUGGAGUCGCAGGUUGUUGAACCUGAGGAAAAAGAAGAAUCAAAAACAACUGAUUCUGAGGCUAGCGUUGAGGAAGAAAGUGGAAAGAAGAGUGAAAGUAAAACCGUAGACAAAGUCGUCUGGGACUGGGUACGUAUAAAUGCAAACAAACCAAUUUGGAAACGCAAACCAGCCGACGUUACCGCUGAGGAAUACAAUGAUUUAUUCCGUGCCUAUUCAAACGACAAUGAUGAUCCGCUCGCUAGGAUUCAUUUCAGUGGUGAGGGGGACGUGUUAUUUAGCUCAAUAUUAUACAUACCGAAACAUCCUCCAUCUAACAUAUUCCAGAUGCAUAAUACUCAUAGUGACAGGAUCAAGCUCUAUGUCCGUCGUGUGUACAUUUCUGACGUGGCCGACGAACUGCUUCCUAAAUACUUGGCAUUUAUUUUUGGCAUAGUAGACAGUGAUGAACUUCCUCUCAAUGUUUCUCGUGAAAUGUUGCAGCAAAACAAACUCCUCAAAAUGAUAAAGAAAAGAUUGGUCAAGAAAGUAAUCCAGAUGAUUAGCGAACUUUCUGAAUCCCAGUUUAAAACUUUCUGGAAAGAAUACUCAGUAAACAUAAAACUUGGUAUAAUUGACGAUCUUCCGAACCGCACUAAGUUAUCCAAGUUUCUACGGUUUUGGACUUCAAACAGCACCGAGAAUCAAUCAAGUCUUGCAGAUUAUGUUUCACGCAUGAAAAAAGGACAGGAAGAAAUAUACUAUCUUACUGCAGCCUCAAUAGAUGAAGCUAAGUCAUCUCCGUUUGUGGAAAGAUUAAUUAAGAAGGGCUAUGAAGUUAUUUAUAUGAUCGAUCCUGUUGAUGAGUACAUGCUUCAAUCGCUAACUGAAUAUGAUAAAAAGAAGUUGCGAAAUGUGGCAAAAGGAACAAUCGAACUUGACAAAUCAGAAGAAGCUAAGACUCGAAAGGAAGAAUUGGAAAAAGAAUUCAAACCACUCUUGGAAUGGUUCAAGGACAAUUUAAAGGAAUAUGUAGAUAGAACUGCCUUGUCGGAAAGACUAUCGAAUACCCCAUGCGCUCUCGUCGCUAAUGAAUUUGGGUGGUCCGGAAAUAUGGAGCGCAUUAUGACAGCACAAGCAUAUCAGAGGGGUGGAGACGUAUCAUCUACCUAUUAUUCUACUAUGAAGAAGGUCUUCGAAAUUAACCCACGCCAUUCAGUAAUGAAAAAGUUAAACGCUCUUUUAAAGAUCAAUAAAGAUGACCCUACAAUUAGUCAUACUGCAAAUCUGCUUUUUGAUGUUGCAGUUCUUCGUUCAGGUUUUUCUGUUAAGAACCCUGUUGCUUUCGCAGAACGAGUUGAAUCUGUUGUAAAGAAAAGCUUAGAUAUUGAUCAGAACGAGUUGUUGGAUGAAGAACCUGAGACUGAUGAGCAGUCCGAAGAGUCUGUAACGGAUUCAGUAGAUAAAGAGUCGAUUUCUAAUGAAGAUUCAACGAAAGAAAAGUCAGAAGUAUCACCGCAAGUUGAUGAAAAUCAACCAAGUUCACCAAAGGAUGAGCUUUGAACGCAUCUGUAUUAUCUCGCCGAUCCUGUCUUCACUUUUAAUUGUUUUUGGACACCUCCAAAUUCCCAAACAGCCUUUAUCCGCAUGUGACUUGCAUGUUUUCAUGUAACUGUAUGAAUCAUUUGUUUUUUCACUCCGUUUUAAAUUUAGAAAUACACUUUUGUAUGUAUU